AGCUUUCCUCCUGCUAACCCUCCUAGGGACAAGUCUUACUCCUUGUUCCUCUCGGACAGGGAUAUAAAAGUCAGAGGGAUGAGACCUAGGGCAAAAGUGGAGACAGCAGAGACACACUGUAAGAACUAGAGGCGUUUCCACACUGGCAGAUGUGCAGUAUUGUUUCUGCGCAGAAAUAAGAGACUCCCUAUGUCUGUAUGGAUGCCAAGGAUGAGAAGCGGUUCAACCUCGCGCAGCAGAUCAACAAUUUCAAAGCGUCCUUGGUUGAGUUCAAUAAACUGGUUGAACAGACAACAGCCCAGAAAAAGGAAGAAAGAGCAGGCAUAUUUAUACCAAAAGAAGAUUCAAUCGACUAUGAUAAGUUUUACACCUCGGUACAGCAAAUCUUUGGCCCUGAAGUGAAAAAUCAAGAUGUGAAAUGUUUUUACAGGAAGCUCUGCAACAAUCCUGAUGCAGCUUUCGACUGGUGUGAGAUCUUUGGAUACUUCUCCACUGAUGAAGAUUCUCUUACUUCCCAGAUGGAUGAAGAAAAUUUGGUUUUUCUUGUGUCUAGAAAACAGCGAAUUGUGAUUUCAGGCAGUAGACGACGCGACGUGAUCAAAUGCAUUGUGAAGGUCCCACAGCUGGAUUUAUUGAUAACAGCAUCUCAGAAAGGAUUAAUAACUGUCUUCAACAGCCAGAUGAGGGUUCAGACCAGCACCAAUGUUACAGAUACCUCCUGGAUUACAGGCUGCGAUUACCUCGGCCAGCUAAAGCGAAUUGUUGCCACCACUGAGAGGACCAUUAUUGUCUGGGAUUAUAAAGCUCAAGGGAGCAGCCAGGAGCACUACUUUGUCAUCAAGCCCAUGGACCACUGCCUGCUCUGUGUGUGCGUGGUGCCCCUGCCUGAUCAGCUCUGCAAGGAUGACAUUCUCCUGGGAGACGACGGUGGGUUUGUGAACAAGUUCACCGUGAGCAGUGAUGACUUUGGAUUAAAGCAGGCAAAAACCAAAAAGAAAUUACAAACUCAGGUCCUUGACUCUAAGAACUUUAAAAGUGUUAAAAGGAAACUGCAUAACGACUGGGUUAUGAAAAUCAGGUACAUUCCAGCUCUCAAUUGCUUUGGGUCCUGCUCCUUGGACAGUGUCCAUUCCUUAGUCUUGGAAUCCCUGAAGAGACUUGAAGACAAUUUGCCUGUCAGAGAAUUUGCCAUGCCAAGAGGAGCCAACAGUUUCUGCUACUGCAGUAAAGCAAAUGUGAUCGUCACUGGAGGAGAUGAUAAAGUCCUCCGGUUGUGGCACCCCAAUAUCAGCACUAAGCCGGUGGGGAAACUGGUGGGGCACAUGUUCAGCAUCACUGAGAUCGUGAGCAAUGAGAAGGAGCAACAUGUCAUCAGCCUUUCCUCUGCAAAGGUCUUCCGGGUGUGGGAUAUACAGACUCUGUCAGUACUGCAAGUCUUCCACGAUAGCCAAGGUGGACCAGGAGACAUGCAGAUUUACUCUAUGGUAUAUGAUGCCAACCAUGGCAUGCUCAUCACAGGAUCUGGUGUGAUGGACAUGUAUCCCCUGACCAGGAUGAUACAGGACACAAAGCAGGUCCCUCACACCCAUGAACGAGAAGUCAACGUCACGCUGUACAACAAGUACUUCCACCAAGUGCUCACGGUCUGCUCAGAGUCUAUAAUCAAGGUAUGGGAACUUGAGACUGGUCUCCAAAUAUACCAAAUUCUAGACCCUCAUGGCCUCAGUAUUGAACUAACCUGUGCAGCUAUUGAUGAAAGUGGAUAUCUUUUUGCCACAGGAGCAUAUAAUGGAACAGUUAAGAUCUGGGACUUUGGCAGUGGGCAGGAAAUGAAAAUGAUGCCCGAAGGGAAAGACUGGGUGGAGGAGGAACAUGGCCUGAUGCGCCUGUUUUUCCUCAAGCCCCAAGUGAAGCAACAGCACCUCAUCCUCGCCUUGGAGCGCAAAGGAACUAUCAAGAUUAUCCAGGGAAAGGAAGAUGACAUCUUCCUCACGGUGAUAUGGGAGCUGCCCGACGCCAUGCCUUACCUACAAUAUGGGAGCCAUAUUGUACAUCUGAAGACGUCAACUAAAGAAAGGGCAAUGGCCAUUCCCUUCCCAGAUGUUGAGUUAAUCGUCCAGAAAACCUCUCAGCAAACUAAUUAUAGUCCUGCUGUCAAUGUGGAUGUGAACUGCAUUGAUGUAUUUCAAACAGAGGGAUAUAAUUUGAUAGUGUGUGGCACAACAAAUGGCAUGAUUAUCUUAUGGAAUUUCAUAGCAGCUACUGUCAAAGAAAUAUACCGGCCCGAGGAUUGCUUCUCUACAGAUCCUGAGUUGGAUCCCAAACGUUUUCGAAUUAAUGACAUAAUGUUCCUCUUCCGAAGUCCUGAAUGUGUAAGGAGAUCAAGUCAGGAUUCUAUAUGCUCAUCAACCCAAUGUGAUUCAAGCAAGGGUCCGCAGAGUAGCAAGGGAAGUAAGCAAAGCAUACAUGAUGCCGAGGUCAAAGGUGAGCAUACAGACAUGGUGGGAGAGCAGCAGUCAGCAAGCAGGAAGCAGCCCGCACCCGUCGGCUCCGUGGAACCACAGCCUCCUCUCCUGGUCUCUGCACAUGAGGACGGGCACCUCCGUUUGUGGACACUGGAGGGGAAGCUUAUAAAAGACAUACUGCCCUUCACAAAGCACUCUGCCAUUUCCCUGACGUCACUAUACACCGAUUCGUGCUGCAGGAUACUGUUGGCUGGGAACGUGGAAGGACACGUUAUCCUUUGCAGUAUUAGUUCCUUCAUGGAUCCACCUCAUGAUGAAAAGAAAUUCAAGCAGCUGCUUUCCUGGCGUGCCCAUUCUUUAGAAAUUAUUCAAGUGAUCUAUGUGGAAGACAAGCAGCUGGUGCUUACUGCCUCCAUUGAUGGCUCAGUGAGGAUCUGGAAUUCCACCAGUGGGCAUUACUGUGGGUAUUUUGGACAACGAAGAAUGUUUGAAUUAUCCCAAACAAGUGACUUCAUUUUGCCUUGUGAUGUUAAUGAAUAUCCCGUAGAGAUUAAAGAAGAAAGCAAGUUCACAGAAAAAACACAAAAAUAUGAAUAUCCUCUGAUAUUUGACCGUGAAAGAUGGAAAAAAAUGAGCUCAAUGUCUUUGCUUUUUAAGCGGCCACCUCUCAGUCCCUUUGAAGUGCAACAUGAUUUUAAAUUUUUCAAGUCUCUUUCUUCUCCAAAGAUUCGCCGAUAUGCUUUGGAAGGUUUCCUGACAGAAAACCGAGAGGCAGGGAUUGUUUUUGGUUCUCUGCCUAUAUACAGGGUACCAAGUCCCACGAGUCUAAGAUUCCUUCCCCUCAUUGGCUCUGAAGUACAAAGAGAUUCAGUGGAGGGUGUUUAUAUGAAGAAGAAGGGUCAUGGUCAUGAUAAAUCACGGAGGAAAAGCCUGAAAAGGAAUUUGGUCCCACAGAUAAAUCUGGCUUCAUCCUUCUUCCCAUCCACACCCAAGUGAAGAGGAAGCCUCAGAACUGGCUGCUGUACAGGAGGCCACAAGGUCCAGAUCUAGUCAAGAGGAGGAUGCCACACCCACCAUCAUAUGGUUACACAUCUCUCUACCUCAGGCCAUCCUGAUAAUGGAGGUUGCUCAAGGGACUCUGGUGACCUCACAGGAUCUGCAGCCAGUCUGCCAACUUUUUACACAUAGAAAAACAUACCAAAUGGGCAAUGUCUCUCAUCAUUGCCAACAAGAUCUCACAAGGACAUAACAUCAGUAGCCUGGAUAGACCCAAAUGAUAUGGUUAGUGGUGAUUAGCUUCGCACCUACCUCCACCUGUUCACCCCAACCCAUAACCAGAAUUAGAGUGUGUGCAGUAAGAGGCAAA